AGCCCAUCAGUGCGUUAAAUGAGAUAUGUCUGAUGGGCUGUUGCAUCAUAAAUUUUUUCAUACACUACAAACAUUAACAUGAAGCUCACAUUGAUGGCUCUGCGAAAUGUUGGAAGAAUCCUAAAAUGAACAGGCAGGCAUUCCAAGGACGGCUGAUUUUGUCAACUCAUUGGAUUGUGUCGUGCAGAUGAAGGUGGAGGAGCAGCAUGUUGAUGGUGAGAGCUCGUCGGAGCACUGCAUAUCGCGGUUGCUGACUGCGGUGGAGCGCGAGCUGCAGGUAGGGCGGGAAAAGGGUGACCCCACAGAAAGGGGGCUGCGGGUCACCCUGGAGGACGCAGAGUUGUGGAGGAAGUUCCAGCAUAUCACCAAUGAAAUGAUAGUCACCAAGAGUGGACGACGCAUGUUUCCUGUCCUCAAGGUCAGCGUGUCCGGUCUGGACCCGAGUUCCAUGUACUCCUUCCUUCUCGACUUCAUCCCGGCCGAUGGCUGCCGCUGGAAGUUUGUCAACCAUGAGUGGUUGGCGGCAGGACAGGCAGAAGGAUGCAGAGAGGAACGAGGCCACGGUGGCAUUUACAUCCACCCGGACUCGCCCAACUUUGGAGCUCAUUGGAUGAAAGCAGCAGUGACCUUCAACAAGGUCAAACUGACCAACAAAGUCAACAGAGAAGGACAGAUCAUGUUAAACUCGCUUCAUAAGUACGAGCCUCAUUUGUACAUUGUGCGUGUGGGGUCCCAACAUCAUGUUGUUUCUGACAUUUCCUUCAAAGAGACCCAGUUUAUCGCAGUCACUGCCUACCAGAAUGAAGAGAUCACAGCUCUGAAGAUCAAACAUAACCCUUUCGCCAAAGCCUUCCUGGACACCAAAGACAGGAACCCAUGUGGACAAAACUUGGCGGAGACGACUGAGGGUCAUGUUGGUGUUCCACCAUGUUGGUCUCUGAGUUCGCCGUGUGGAGGUGGCACAUUUCCUUAUGGUGGUGGCCUUGCGCUUCCAUCCCACAGUUACGGGCACCGUGGUUUUGCUGGGAGGCACUCUCCCUAUCGCUACUUGCCUCACCACUCACAUCCCUCAGGUGUUCAUGUGUCAUCAGAAGGAUGGAACACUACCCCUUCUCAUCGCCUGACCAACAAUACCCCAACAUCGGCUUCUCACAGCUCCAGCCAGUAUCCUUGUCUAUGGACGAUUGGCUGCAGUGAGAUGAGCCCCUCUCCUUCCUCGUGUGCCAUUCUCCAAGGUCCAAUCAGCAACGAGAACCUCACGCAACCUGACAACACUGGUCGAGCAGGUGGCACUGGGUGGGCUCCUGGCCCCACCCAGUCUUUCUAAGACUGCAAAUAAUUGGUUGAACAAAUUUAUCUUUAACCAGUGGGUAUUUGUUAUUGAGGGUGUUAUUAUUAUCAUCCAAUCCAGCUGAUGAAACUCGAGAUAUAAUCUUAAACUGUGCAAAGAAAAAAAAUGUUUGAAGGUCUUAAGGCCUUCCUCACACAUCAGGUGCGACAUAAGGCAAA